AACCAAAGCCCCCCCAAAGAGAAGAAAGAAACAAGAAAAUGAAAAUGGUAGAUUAUGUUUCAUCAGCAUCUUUCAUAUCCAGAGUGUAGAAGUGCAGAGCAUAACCAUAAUCACAACUUGAACAUCAAAAAAAAAAAGAAAAGGGAAAACUAUGCAUAGUCACAACUCAAAAACCAAAAUGUCCUCUUAUUCUUCCAUUGAAGAGAGUUGGGAGAAGGAGAUGACUACACUUCUCAUUGAUCAAACAACGAGAACGAAACUGAAAAAGCAGAACCGGUCACCUGUAUCUUUCAAGUGCCGGAUUCUCUUCGUCAAAAAGAGCCUGAGGCUUACUCGAGAGCUCAUUGAGGAGCUCUCCAAGUGCAAGGGAAACGAUACCCAUGAAUCUUAUCAUGAUGUCCAGUUUAUGUCGUAUGAUCAAUUGGCCUUAAUGAUGAUCAUUGACGGGUUGUUCCUGCUUGCGAUGCUCGAUAAAUACGUCGAGUCUAACAAAAUCCCUGAUUGUUCAACGUUUCUUCGAGUUCUCUCUUCCUCGGAUAAGAUGCUUCCCAAGGAUGCCAUCCUCGAAGACAUCGUUAAGCUGGAGAACCAGAUUCCGAGGUUUGUGUUAAAAAACAUCUUCUCCAAGACUUGUUGUGAGGAAGAGGAGUAUUUACCAAACCUUUUUGUGGAAUCUAGCCGAAAAAUGUCACCGAUCAACGUGGAGUGGCAUGAAUGUGUGCUAAAAUCAGUAGAGCAUCGUCAUUUGUUGGAUCUUCUGUACCAAUACAUAACUUUGAAAAAGGAUAGCAAGAAGACAAAUAAGAAUCACUCAAAUAAGACGAAAACAGAAGACUCGGCAGGGGACCUUGAAGCUGCAGAAGGACCACCAAAUUGUUCCCUCUCUUCCCAGUGUCUUUGGCGUAAAAGUGGAGACAUUGUUCCAGGAAAAGCAAGUGUUAAUUCCUUCAGUAUCUGAACUGUUCAAUGCCAGAAUAAAAAUCGGACCUGCAG